AUGCCUAUGCCUGGAGAUGCUGACAUAGAAGAGGGGAUAAAGUUGCUAUUCCAAGAAGAAGAUUGCUUUGUGAUUCUGGAAGAAUGUGCUGAAGCACCCACAAUCCGAGAGGCAGAACUGGGCGAGCAACUGUCUAACUGGACCUCUACCCUGCUACUGGCUCUUCGAGCAGUGAAUUACAAAGGUUCUGGAAUCAGGGCGGUCCUGAUAUCAGAAAAUGGGCAGCACUACCCCAUAGCCGCCAAACUCAAAUUCCGAUGUACCAACAACAUGGCUGAAUACGAGGCCUGCAUCCUAGGUCUCGAAAUGGCACUGGAUAUGUACAUCAAUGAAUUAUUGGUCAUCGGAGAUUCCGACCUAUUGAUUCAUCAAGUACAAGGCGAAUGGGCCACUAAGAAUGAAACGAUCUUACCAUAUGUGAACUUGGAGCAAAGAAUGUGCAAGAAAUUUAGAAAGAUUGAAUUUCGACAUACGCCAAGGGCUCAGAAUGAAUUUGCUGAUGCACUAGCCAUAAUAGCAUCGAUGAUCCAACAUCCUGAAAGCAGUCACAUCGACUCGCUAAGGAUAAGUUUGAAAGAAGAACAUGCCCACUGUUGCCAUGUGGAAGCUGAGCCAGAUGGCAAGCCACGAUACAACGACAUCAAAAUGUAUUCGGAAGGACGGGAAUAUCCCGACAGCAUUACAAAUGGACAAAAGAAGACCAUCCGAAGAAUGGCGAAUGACUUCUUCCUAAACAAAGAAGUGAUGUACAAAAGGAUGCCAGAUUAG